AUGCGGCUCCGCGACCAGCCGCACAUCAUCGGCUAUCGGAGGCACCGGCCUCGCCGCCACCGUCUUCCCCCCCCGCCGUCGCAUCAACCGUCGCCGCCUCCGCCCUCACCCCCACCUCCCACGCCACCGCCUCCAUCGCCGCCACAACCACCCCCCUCACCGCCGCCGACGCCGCCACCACCCUCUCGCAGCUGCUUCCUGCGCGGCGACGUGCUGCACAUCCUCACCGACUAUGCGCCGGGCGGCACUCUCGAGGACCAGAUCAAGCAGGCGAGGGAGGUGCGGGCCGCGGCAUGGCGAGGGCGGCUGGAGGAGACUCCGUUCGCCCUCGAAGAGCUGCACUCGCGCGAGCGCGACUUCGUCGCCUCCGCGGCCCCGCCCUCUUUCCCGGCGGCACGGCUGCUGCGCUGGACCGCGCAGCUCGCCUCGGCGCUCUUUGCGAUCCACUCGGCGGGCAUCAUGCACCGCGACGUCAAGCCGUCCAACAUCCUCCUCACCGGCGGCCUCGACAUCCUCCUCGGCGACUUUGGG